UUCAUAAUGAAAUCGCAGUUUCAAAAGCCUCAAAGGCACGAAGACCUUGAUUUAUGAUUCCUAAUUAUGAAGUUGGGGGUAAACUUAUAAAUAGACCUUGAAGAACUGCGGUCAUUCAGUUUCGAGUAUCAAACUUGAAGAAGUUAAAUUGAAAAUAUGAGGAUGUUGUUGCUUAUUUGCUUCAUAUGGGCUGCAGCCUCUGCAUCAGUGCUAAUUUCAAAUAUUCCUGGUGAUAAUUCAGAUUAUGUUCACUCAGGUCACGGUCAUAUCCUCCAUAGGCUUCGUAGAGAACAUGUUCCUACCAAAACUCCUGAAGUUAUCAAGUACUACGAUGCUGAUAGUAUAGUUUCUCGAGUCACUGUAAUGUCAAGGAAUGGAAUUUCUUUAGAACAUCCUUUGGUAUACGAAAACACUGCUUUUAAAGCUGAUUCAGAUGGUAAUUUGGUUAAAUCCCCCAAGGAAGCUGAGCCCGAGAAACAGGAAAAGAAAGAGGAAAAGGAGGUAGUUUGAAGAGCACUGGAAUUCACGAGAGAGAAAAAAAAAUUGGAAUAUAGUUACAUUCGAUCCUUAUUGAUUUCCUCGAUGGUUAUCGAAUUUUUAUUUUUCACAUACAAAAGUAGUUCAGAAAGAAGAAGGUAUCCUACAUAUUGUUCUCUUCUUUUUUUUCCAUUUCUUUGAUUGAAUAUUUCAGUGAAUUUUCCAUAAAUCUGACCCGAUAAAAGUGAAUCUUUGUGAUCUCGAAAAAUACAAUUAAAUUGGAAUUCAAUUAUUUUGUAAAUUUUGUUGAAUAUUUGUAGAUACGCAAUCACCACAUUGAGUAUAUAUAUAUAUUUCUACAAUAAAUAAAUAAUUUUUU